GUUCAGUAAGAAGAACAAGGAGAAUAUUGACCCUUACAUAUACAUGCCCUUUGGGAAUGGACCUAGGAACUGCAUUGGCAUGAGAUUUGCACUCAUGAACAUGAAACUUGCUCUCAUACGAGUCCUGCAGAACUUCUCCUUCCACACUUGUAAAGAAACCCAGAUCCCUCUGACAUUAGGAACGGAAGCUAUUCUUCAGCCAGAAAAACCCAUUAUUCUGAAGGUUGUGACAAGGGAUGAGACCAUAAGAGGAGCCUGAUUUUCCCUAUGGAUUUCUGCUAUGCUUUUUAGGAAGACCUUUAACUUACUUUUGAAUAAAACCCAGAUGAAGAUGGGCUUAAUAAACUGUCCUUGAAAAGUU